CAGAUUAAUUAGAUUCAUAAACUUGAAAAUCAUUGAUUUGAUUAUAUUUUACUUGGUCUUUUCUUCAAUUAUUAUUGUUAUAAUUUUUAAUUUAACGAAAAAUAAUUUUAUCUUCGAAUUUUCAAUUUGAUAACUAUUCUGAUUAAAAAAUAACAAAAACAAUAUCACAAUGAGUUUUGGUCUACCAUCUCUGAAAGUCAAGCCGGAGCAUGUAUCCAACAUUCAAGUCCAUGAAGGCCCAUUUGGUAUACCAGAUCCUUUAGUUGCUGGAGUUGGUGCAACAAAAUUAAAAAUUGGUACCACACAUCCAUUGGAACAUUCUGAAAAAAAUUACCAUCUGAAUGAAGAAAAAAUGGAUAUGGCAAUGCUGCGUAAUAUCCAAGGUCUACAUGCACCAAUGAAACUUACUAUGGAAAUGAAGUUUGCUAGUAAAGUUGGCAGACUGCCCUUCCUUCCAAGUUCCAAUCUCCAACAUGAUGUUCUGACUGGAAGGCACUUGGAUAUCGGAUUUGAAGACAUCCUCAACACAAGAGAUCUAUGUGAAGUAGCUGGACAACCACAUGCUGUUGUGGAAAGGUCUCUUGGACUUUUAUAAGUUAGUUAAAUCUAGUAUUGCAUUAUAUAAUUUUUUCUCUUAAUAUUUUCAAUAAAAAUACACACUGAAAUAAAAAUGUUUAUUUUAAUU